AUGGAAUCAAAGUUUGUGGCUCUCGCUUCCGCUGGUCAAGAAUUUGAAUGGUUAAGGGAUCAUAAGUUGGAAGUUCCAUUGGCUAAAGAUAAUAUUUUAAAGGUGUUGGCACAUUACGAUAGGAAUUACAAGCUAUGGGAUGAAAAUUUGAAGAAAUAUAUUAAUGAUCUUAAGGAGCCAGGUCCUAGUGGCAAGCCUUAUUCAACAAGGUAUAUUGGUAGUUUGGUUGGUGAUUUCCACAUGUCACUGUUGUAUGGUGGCAUUUAUGGAUACCCUAGGGACAAGAAAAGUAAGAAUGGGAAGCUUAGGCUUUUGUAUGAGUGUGCUCCAAUGAGUUUCUUUGUUGAACAGGCUGGUGGAAAAGGUUCAGAUGGUCAUCAGAGAGUACUUGACAUUCAACCCACAGAAAUUCAUCAACGUGUUCCACUUUACAUUGGGAGCACAAAAGAGGUGGAGAAGGUUGAAAAGUACUUACUUAAAUGACAUACUUAUGCAAAGAAAGUUGUUUUGUUUAAGAAUCUUAUUCUCAACGAUACUGGUCACAAUCAAGUGGUUUUAAGGAAGAGUUUUUUUGAUUUUAUUCCUCCCAUUUUAUUUCUCUGUUUCAAAGAAAAAGAAGGGAAACAAAUAUUUCAAGGAAAUUCAGAUUAGUUUGCAUAUAAGCAUUUUGUAUAAAAUUUUGAAGCACUAAUCAUGUUUUGGUUGCGCAACUUACCUAGCCUUAAAACUACAAAGAAACAAUCAUGUCACCCCAUUUCCUGUUCAAAUUAACAUAAGUGUCUCGA